CAUCCAGCAGCAUGGCCGCCCGCCGCGGCCACGCCACCAGGGUGACGCGGCGGAGGUGGUGGCCCUGGCCCGGGAGGUGGCCCCGGGGGCGGAGCUGGACGAGGAGCUGCUGCGGGAGCUGGCCUUCCAGGCCACCGGGGACCUGGCGCCCGUCAACGCCUUCAUCGGGGGCCUGGCGGCACAGGAGGUCAUGAAGGCGGUGUCGGGGAAGUUCACGCCCAUCACGCAGUGGCUCUACUUCGACGCGCUCGAGUGUCUCCCCGAGGAGAACAAGGAGACGCUGCUCACCGAGGAGCAGUGCCGCCCGCGCAACAGCCGCUACGACGGGCAGAUCGCCGUGUUCGGGGCCGAGCUGCAGGCCAAGCUGGGCAACCAGAAGUACUUCGUGGUCAGUGUCCCCAACUGUCCCCAACUGUCCCCAACCGUCCCCGUGGGGUCCCCGGAUGUCCCCGUGGGGCCCCCACCCGCUCCCCGUGUCCCCAAGGGGCCUCGCGGGUUCUCCCAGUGACCUCCCCCCACCCGC